AAUCUACAUGAUCAGGGAGCUACCAGUGUCAGCAACAACAAAGGAACGAAAGCCGAAGAAAAAGCCAAUUCUUCCAUUCUCUUCAAAGACCCCCAACACCCAUUUCCACAGCCUUCAUCUAACAAAGUACUGAAGGCCAGAAAGAUCCAGGCCUGGUGGCGAGGCACCCUGGUGCGGCGCACGCUGCUGACGGCUGCCCUCAAUGCUUGGAUCAUUCAGUGCUGGUGGAGACAGACACUGGCCAGAAUGCUGGAGAAGAGACGGCUGACAGUUCUGCGCCGGAUGGCACGGGAAACGAGGGCCUGUGCCACUAUUCAGUCCUUCCGAAUGCUGCAGGUCCGCCAGUGGUACCUCCGCUUGCGUUACGCUGCCCACAUCAUCCAGGUGUCAUGGCGCUGGUACAACUGCCAUUCCCGUGGCUAUUUUGAGGGCACCUAUGAAGUCACAGGGGACAAACUAAGUCUGCGGCUUGACAUCUUCCUGGGAUCACAGGUUUGUCGUAUAUCAGACUGCAUAUCCUUGCCAAUAAAGAACUGAUCAGGUCUUCUAA